AAGGCAAGGGACCAUUCCCUGCAGGUAAAGCUUACCUGUCACCUAACACAGCAGACUUGAGAGAGAAGUGCAGAGUGAUCACCUUAUGGUUUCCUCAGCUGCUUAUCGCCAUGAACACCGAUGACCAAUAUUAUCCCCAAGCUCCACUUUACAAAGAGCCUUGUGCGUUCCAGAGGAGUCAGGCGCAGGACUAUAACCCAAGCCCCCCAGCAUGCCUUUACAUGGGAAGGCAGCAGCAAGCAGCCUACAGCAACCCCUUGGUAGCUCUGGACCCCGGCAGUCCUCCAGACAUCUCACCGUAUGAAGUGCCGCCCAUAUCCGAAGAGCCCAUUGUUCCUCACCUCCAUCACCAUCACCACCAUCAUCACCACCAUCACCCAGGGAUCCCUCACCCCCACCAGCAAAUGCCAUUCCCAGAUGACACUGAAUCUGCAACAUUAGAGGAACGGAAUCGAACCCUUUUACCUUUCCCAUGGAUGAAAUCUACCAAAUCCCACACCUGGAAAGGACAGUGGACAGGUGGAUCAUACAUAAUGGAACAAGAGGAGAACAAAAGAACAAGGACAGCCUACACAAGAGCCCAGCUGCUGGAGCUAGAGAAGGAGUUCCUCUUCAACAAAUACAUCUCGAGACCACGGAGAGUAGAGCUGGCAGUCAUGCUGAACCUGACAGAGAGACACAUAAAAAUCUGGUUCCAGAACCGAAGAAUGAAGUGGAAGAAGGAGGAAGAUAAAAAGAGAGGAAGGGGCAGCGACCCAGAACAAGACUCUGUUGUGUCCUCUGCUGAUGUGAUUAAAGAUGAGCCUCAAUGUCUUGGAAACUCCCAAAACACAGGGGACUUGGUCCGUUCUUCUGCUCUGCCAACUUCGCCCCAGUCCAAUCCCAUUCCCGCUACCGGAUCCUUGCGGCAGGCAGAAAAACGAUAGAAAUAGCCAAGAAAAUGAAAUGCUGGCCCAGUUCGUAUUGUCUCACAAGUAUUAUGGAGAUCAACUUUUCAUGGACACAAUAGACCAUAAAAUGAAAUACAACCACUUAUAGAAUGAGCCCUCUUCUUUUGCCAAUUAACAGCAACAACAAAAAAUGUUUUUUCUCCUUGUACAACAGUAAUUACUAUUAUAUUGUUUUAGGUGCAAAUAUUCAGACUCCGAUCUUAGAAAGUAUUGAAUGUUCUUUAUUCAUUGCAUAGUACAGUGUGCUAGCAUAGAGGCGUUAUUUUUAUGACAUUGCAAAUUAUUUGUAAGAUAUUCUAGAAUUGUACCAACAUGUGAAGGGUUAUUAGGGGUACAAAAACCAUAUGAUUGUCAGCAAAAAUGGACUGGCCCAUCAUAAUACUUUUUGAGAUAUAUAAUGACAAAAUUACAUGAUAUGUUAGGCCAGAAUUUUUAUAUAAAUAUAUAUAUAUAUGUAUAUGUAUGUAUAUAUAUAUAUAUAUAUAUGUAUGUA